AUGUUUCGCAACCAAUACGACAGCGACGUGACCGUCUGGAGCCCCCAAGGGCGCCUCCAUCAAGUCGAGUACGCCAUGGAGGCCGUCAAUCUCGGCUCGGCCACCGUCGGGCUGAAAAGCGCCAGUCACGCCGUUAUAAUAGCGUUGAAAAGGGCCUCGUCCGAACUAUCCGCCUAUCAGACAUUAUUUUUUCGACAACCAACGCAACAUUACAAACGAAUAUUUCGACAAAAAACCAUGUUUCGCAAUCAAUACGACAGCGACGUGACCGUCUGGAGCCCCCAAGGGCGCCUCCACCAAGUCGAGUACGCCAUGGAGGCCGUCAAUCUCGGCUCGGCCACCGUCGGGCUGAAAAGCACCAGUCACGCCGUUAUAAUAGCGUUGAAAAGGGCCUCGUCCGAACUAUCCGCCUAUCAGACAUUAUUUUUUCGACAACCAUCGCAGCAUUACAAACGAAUAUUUCGACGUAUUAGUUACUAG